AUGUGUCAGUCGGAGGCCACACUGGGCCUGGAGAGUCCUGACCUGCUGGUGAGAGAGGCCUUUCUGAUGGCCCAUGACUACAUAGACUAUGUAACCUCUGGGGGGGCAGAUGGCUCCAUGGGUCCUGCGCCUACAGCCUGCGCCGCUGCCCUGCGCCACGCCGGAGACGAGCUUCUCACCCGCUUCCCCAUCUUCUUCAGGCGCUGGCCGCGUGUCUUCCAGGAUGUCACGGAGAACACGGCCUGCCCCACCCUCGUGAGCAUCCUGGACGAGCACUUCUUCGCCCCCGUCCCUGGGGGGCGGCGCAGGGACCUCGCCUGGAGCGCGGUGUUGUCAGUGUAUGUGCUGGCUGGCCAGAUGGCCCUGCAUUGCCAUGAGAGGGACAUGGUGGUGGUCCUGCCACAGCUGAAGGAGUGUGUGGGGGCCUAUGUGGAGAGGGUCAUCUGCCCUGAGAUACAGGACAAGGGAGGAUGGAGUGGUUUUGUGUCUCGCUUUGGCGAGAAGCAGGACUUGGAAGGCCAGCUGAAGAAAGGGUGCUAUUGGACACUGCUGGCUUUGGCCAUAUGCAUUCUCACCUACUUCCUGUGGAAAAGAAUGGCUUAG